GAUCACGAAGGAUACUCAAAUCCAUUCUCUAGCUUUGCGUUUGAAAUGACCCAGGUACAAAGUAACGGGUCUGCGGACGACAAUCAGUCAGCUCCAUCCUUGAAAGAUCUUGUGGAACACUCCAUCAAGCGAACACAUGAGGUCUUCCUGGCCAAUUUUGGCAUAACAGCACCUGCGGAUCCCCCAAGUCAGCGUUUGAAGUUGAGUUCGAAGAUUGCGGAUGAGUGGGACCAUGUGAGGGAAUUGCCCAAGGUUGUCCAGGCACAGACAGCCAAACCUAUACCUGCGAGAGCACCGGGUUCGGCUGUUUCGGCAAGUCAACCACAGUCGGUUGUCAGGGAAGCGAACGCUGCCGAAGCGUCUGAUAGUACUGUCCAGACACUCAUUCACACGCUGCCCGUCAACCGAGAACAGGGAAGGCAAGUACCUCAAGCGGCAGCCGGCGUGGUUGCACUUCGGAACCAGGGAGCUUUACCUGGCGGUCCCAGAACCUCGGAUGCAUCAUCGGCACUAAUACGAAUCAAGGAACCGCGGAAAGUCCCAAAACCAAAGUGGCAUGCACCAUGGAAGCUUAUGCGGGUUAUCAGCGGUCAUUUGGGAUGGGUACGUUCUGUGGCGAUUGAACCAGGCAACGAGUGGUUUGCAACCGGAGCGGGCGAUCGGGUGAUUAAGAUUUGGGACCUGGCUUCAGGCACUUUGAAAUUGACUUUGACGGGACAUAUCGCUUCGGUGCGCGGCCUGGCGGUAUCACCACGGCAUCCAUACCUCUUCUCUGCUGGUGAAGACAAAAUGGUAAAAUGUUGGGAUCUUGAAUACAACAAGGUGAUCCGGCACUAUCACGGUCACCUUAGCGGUGUUUACACAUUGGCGUUGCACCCAACACUGGAUCUCCUUGUCACUGGAGGCAGAGACUCCGCUGCUAGGGUUUGGGACAUGCGUACGAAAGCACAGGUCUUUGCUUUGACGGGGCACACAUCAACCGUGUCUGAUGUGAAGUGUCAGGAAGCCGAUCCACAGGUCAUCUCCGCAUCGAUGGACUCGACAAUACGGCUCUGGGAUCUUGCUGCUGGGAAAACAAUGACGACACUGACACAUCACAAAAAGGCAGUCAGAGCCCUUGCGAUCAAUCCAAUGGAGUUUACCUUUGCAAGUGCAAGUCCAGAUAACAUUAAGCAGUGGAAGUGUCCAGAAGGAAAUUUCAUCCAGAAUCUCGAGGGCCACAAUUCCAUUGUUAAUACCUUGGCUUGUAAUCAAGAGGGAGUACUAUUCUCGGGAGGUGAUAACGGCUCCAUGUACUUUUGGGAUUACAAAACUGGGUACAAUUUCCAAACCGGAGAGUCCCUCGUACAGCCUGGAUCGUUGGAUAGCGAAGCAGGCAUUUUCUGCUCAGCAUUUGAUAAAACUGGUUCCCGAUUGAUCACAGGAGAGGCAGAUAAAACAAUAAAGAUUUGGAAGGAGGAUGAGAACGCUACGCCCGAAACGCACCCAAUCAACUGGCGACCAACGCUCGGACGAGGAAGGUUUUGACCUUCGCUUUUAUAUGCUCAGCUCGUGCCUUUAGCGGUUUGUAAUAAUAACAAUACAUGUACAGCGUAUCUUUUGUCGACACACGGGUUUCCUGGCUGUUGUGUAUAGAGGGAUGUCUAGCCGUCCCACUCCCAUGAUUUUCGAGUUUGUACUCAUGAGGUGCAAGGCAAAAAGUUCUCUUGGCUGCAUGAAAU